AUGAAGUUCGGAAAGAAUAUCUGUAUUUUAAACGUCGGCGGUACUAAGUAUGCGUUCUCUAGGGAAAUCAUAAAAAAUUUCCCCCUUCGAAGAGUAAGCAGACUGCACAACUGCUCGUCCGAAAAAGAGGUCCUGGAGGUGUGUGACGAUUAUGACCGCGAGCGCAAUGAGUUUUUCUUCGAUAGACACGCGGAGGCUUUCGUGUUCAUCAUGCUGUACGUGCGUUCGGGGAGGCUGAGGUUCGCUCCGCAAAUGUGCGAGCUCUCGUUCUACAACGAAAUGAUUUACUGGGGUCUGGAGAGUUCACACCUCGAGUUUUGUUGUCAGCGGCGACUCGACGACAGGAUGUCCGAUACGUUUACUUACUUUUGCGAGGAGGACGUCAAGCCGGAGGAAGAGUGCAGGGAAGAGAGGACGAACACUCCCGUCCCCAGUAAAUGGAACAUUACAUGGGUAGAAAACCUGAGGAGGAUUUUUGAGGAGCCGGCAUCUUCUGUCGUGGCACAAAUCUUUGCUGCCCUCUCUGUAAUCUUUGUGAUCAUAUCCAUGGUUAUUCUUUGUGCCAGUACUUUGCCUGACUGGGAAACAGCCAAACAUAGAAAGAUGGAGGAGCACAGGGUAAUCGAGGCUGUCUGUAUCAGCUGGUUCACCGCAGAGUGCGUCAUGCGAUUCCUCCUCUCCCGAGACAAGUGUCAGUUCGUCCGCCAGCCACUGAACGUCAUCGACAUGCUGGCCAUCAGCCCCUACUACGUGCUGCUGGUUGCCACGGCGCUGGUCGGCGAGAGCCUGGAGCUGCAGCGGGCCGGCAUCCUGCUGUGCAUGCUGCGCAUGACGCGUGUCUUCUGGCUGGUCAAACUGGCGCGCCACUUUGACGGCCUGCAGACGCUGGGCCGGACGCUGCGACACUGCCGGCGCGAGCUGGUCAUGCUGCUGGUCUUCAUGUGCGUCGCCAUGGCGAUCUUCAGCGCCCUGGCCCAGCUGCUGGAGCACGGCCUGGACCUGCAGCAUAGAGAAGUUUCUGCUUCUUCUAACAGCCAGGACUACAACAGCAUCCCCGCCGCCAGCUGGUGGGUCAUCAUCUCCAUGACGACAGUGGGCUACGGAGACAUGUACCCCAUCACGGUGCCGGGCCGGGUGCUGGGCGGGGUGUGCGUGGUGAGCGGCAUCGUGCUGCUCUCGCUGCCCAUCAGCUUCAUCUACCACAGCUUCCUGCAGUGCUACCACCAGCAGCGCUUCCGCCAGUCCACCACCUCGUCUCGGCAGUCACAGAGCCUCUCUACUGUUCAAUGAGCUGAGCUGACCUGACCGGAGGCAGUUGCAUGGAUGCACAAAGAAAGGACUCGCAAGUGCAGAUGAAAGCGAAAGUCACAGUAGCAUCUUCAGUUGUGGGAGGUAGUCUUCUGUUUUAUUCAAGUGCCAAGACUAACGUUUCAACGUUGCCACGUCUUCUUCAGACUCCAGAGUUCAGAGUGGACUGAAGAAGAGGAAGAAUAGCCUUUUUUGUCAUGCCAGCAUGAAAAUUGCCUUGGGUCUCACAGAGUAAAAACAGAAUAUAAACACAAAUAGACACAAAUACACAAUUACACGUACAAAUCGCUGCAGACGUGACAAUGUGAAAAUGGCACUUACCCAAUAAAACAGAAAACUACUUUCAACAUCUGAAGAUGUUCUGGUGCUGUCUACAGUUCAAACACUUUUUGCGCAGCCAGCUCAAAAUUCUUGUAUGUGUCUUUGGUGACGGCAGCUUCCUGCAAUUGCAAUCCUGGUGAUAACUACAUAGCAGCACUACAGUCCUCCUUGUGCCAGUCACAGAACCUCAGUCUCUACUGAGCUGGGACAGUCUGCUGUUGUUAAGCUGUCACCUGGAUCACAUCUCAGACAUUUUCUGAAGCCUUCUUUUUUUGUGUUUCACAGAAUCUACAUUUGUUUCGUCAUGUCUACAGUGUAGUCAGUCAGUGUAUUGUAAUGCUUGCAGCAAGGCCACUUCAACAUCAAAACCAGUUUCUUUGUGUUUUUCCAUCCCUUCUGUUAUCAACAAGCUUUGUUACGGAGUAAAUCUACAGCAUUGUA